CUAGAGUCCAGGCUGCUUGUGUACUAGCGUUCGUAUCGAGAGGAAGAGAGAGAGAGAGAGAGAGAGAGAUGGUAAAAUGGCUUCUCUUUCUGAUGCUUUCCCUGCAAGGGACGAUUGGAGUCUUCUCAACUUCUUCACAUCUGACACAGGAAAAUCAGGACACAGAGGAGUACGCCGCUGAAAGGCAACUGAUCUAGCUAAAAAAUGGUAUUUAGAACACUUAAGCAGGAAGACCAGCAUACUCAUGAAGUUCAUUGUUCUAGAGAAAGAAGUAGAGCAGCUUGGGAAAUUAUUGAGGAGUAUUUGAUGCCUUUUGUCGAACAAGAAAAGUAUCAGAUCUCGAGGAAGUGUGGACUUCAUCCUGAGAAUGAUAUCUUUAGAGAUCAAGAGGAGAACAAGAUCCAUGUGGAUAUUAAUGAAUGGCGGUGUGGAUACUGUAGGAAAAUCUUCAGAGGAGAGAAAUUUCUUGAUCAACAUUUUGACAACAGACACUACAAUCUCCUAAAUGUUAGUGAAAGCAAGUGCUUAGCAGAUUUAUGUGGGGCAUUGCAUUGCGACUUUACAAUGGAUUCUUAUUCAAAGUUUCGUAAAACCAAAUGCAAUCCUGCAGCAGCUGCAAGAAAUCACCACUUGUGCGAGAGUCUUGCUGAUAGUUGUUUUCCUGUUGGUCAGAGUCCAUCAGCAAAUCGUCUUCAUGAAUUAUUCCUGCGGCAAUUCUGUGAUGCGCACACUUGCUCAGGAGGAAGAAAACCUUUUCCAAGGGGUAAAAAGAAGCAUACAAGCAUUUUCUACUUGGCUAUUUCAAUAUUGACCCUGAUGCUGCUCCCAAUCUUCUAUCUAAUUGUUUAUUUGCACCAAAGAGAAACAAGAAAAGGAACCCAAGAGUUGAAGCGCGUCGCACAACUUGGACGAAAAUCGAAGCCGUCAUAGUUGUUUACGUAAAGGUCAGAGUGCAAAUGAAUUCAGUGUGUUAUGGCACCAUUUUUCUUUCUCUGUAAGUCAAGCCAUUGGAAUUGCCAAUUUGGAGAGACAAGGGGAUGGUGACAGAAUCUGACUGAAGAUUUUGUGUGCCGAUUGAAUGCCUCCAACACAUUCCCUCGUGAAACUGGAUUCACUGGAAGCCUCUCCGGUCAGGAGAUCUGCAUGGAAACUUUGAUCGCAUCUUUCCCAAGAGGUGACAUACCGGCGUCUCAAAAUUAUCAGUUUUGUUAUUAGAAGGAAAAAACUUGUAAAACGCAACAAGCAUAUGUUGUUUCCUACAUGAAGUUGUGAUUUGGACCUUAAGAGCCGUCGAAUGGAGUUUUUUCCUCUCCUCAGCUCUCUUUUGUCAUGAGCCUAGUUACAUAGUUCAUAAUGAUUCAUCCCAAAUGGUUGUGCCCAACCCCAACCAUGGUUCUGCCUCUCAACUGGCUCUAAUGUUGACUAUUUGUGAUGAACAUUGAUUUGUACUAUAUAAUGUAGCAAAAUCACAACUGGUGAAUAUUGGCGGUGUUCAGUUGGCCAA